AUGGAAUCUUGUGCAACUGUGAUCUUGGCAGGUUUAAUCUUAGCUCUGCUGUGGAUGUUUAAUAUGAAACACAAAAGGAACUGGAAUUUGCCUCCAGGACCCACUGCACUUCCUCUCAUAGGAAACCUUCUACAGAUAGACAAAAAAGCACCUUUUAAAAGCUUUGUUAAGUUCAGUGAAACCUACGGGCCAGUGAUGACAGUAUACCUAGGCUGGCAGCGGACAGUACUUCUGGUAGGAUAUGAUGCUGUGAAAGAAGCCUUGGUGGAUCAAGCAGAUGACUUCACAGGCAGAGCACCAACUCCAUUUCUACACAACCCUAACAAGAAAUAUGGUAUAGGGAGCAGUAAUGGGGAACGCUGGCGUCAGCUGCGACGCUUCACACUGACCACUCUAAGAGACUUUGGGAUGGGACGCAAGGGGAUGGAAGAAUGGAUCCAAGAAGAAAGCAAACACAUGAGGACCCAGAUGCAUAAAUUAAAAGGUGCACCAUUUGAUCCCACAUUCUUAUUGAGCCGUACUGUGUCUAACGUGAUCUGCUGCCUGGUUUUUGGUCAACGGUUCAGCCAUGAAGACAAGCAGUUCUUGCGCCUCCUUACCAUACUUUCUCAUAUAGGAAAGCUUAACAGCAGCCCUGUGGGUCAGAUGUACAACCUCUUUCCGAAACUCAUGGACCAUCUUCCUGGCCCCCACCACAAAGUUUUUGCAGAGUAUGAAGAGGUGAGAAAGUUUAUCAUGAUGAAGAUCCAAGAACAUAAAGGCACAUUGGACCCCAGCUCCCCACGAGACUACAUAGACUCCUUCCUUAUUCGAAUCAACCAGGAAAAGGAGAUUUCCACAACUGAGUUCCACUAUGACAAUUUGGUCUCUACAAUAAUGACUCUGUUUCUGGCUGGAACACAGACCACCAGCUCCACCCUGAGAUAUGCUCUUAGCGUGCUGAUUAAAUACCCCAAAAUACAAGAGAAAAUGCAGCAAGAAAUUGACACUGUUAUUGGAAAAGGCCGUUGUCCCAGGAUGGAGGACAGGAAGUCCCUCCAUUUUUCACUUGCUGUCAUCCAUGAAGUGCAACGUUUUCUUGACAUUGUCCCUCUCAGUCUCCCUCACUACACACUGAAUGACAUAUCCUUUAGGGGUUAUACAAUCCCAAAGGACACUGUAAUUAUUCCGCUGUUGCACUCUGUGCUAAAAGAGGAAAAGCAAUGGGCCACUCCCAGGUCCUUCAAUCCCCAGCACUUCUUGGACAAUAAUGGCAACUUUAAGAAAAGUCCUGCAUUCAUGCCAUUCUCUGCAGGGAAGAGAAACUGUGUUGGCGAGUCUCUGGCCCGUAUGGAACUUUUUAUUUUCAUAGUAUCAUUGCUGCAGGAUUUCACUUUUUCCUGUGCUGGAGGCCCUGACAGUAUAAACCUCAUUCCUGAAAACAGCAGUUUUAUUAAUGUGCCCCGCAGAUACCAUAUCAUGGCCACACCUCGUUAA